AUGGCUGCAACAAGGAGUGGAGUAAGUAGUUUUUCUCGUAGUGUCUCGACUGGAACGUCUCGGAAUCCGGGAGUCAAGCAUGGCCCUAAUGGGACAACAUUUAUAUCGUCUGGGAUUCCAGAUCUCGACAAGAUUUUAGGUGGUGGUUAUUCUCUUGGUAGCCUUGUGAUGAUUAUGGAAGAUGCAGAAGCUCCCCAUCACAUGCUUCUGUUGAGAAAUUUUAUGUCUCAGGGACUAUUACACAAACAGCCACUCUUGUAUGCUACUAGUGCUUCUACAGACCCUAAAGGAUUUCUUGGUACUUUGCCUGCUCCAGCCUCACCCAAAGAGGAUAAAACUCGACAUCUUACUAAUGAAAAGGAUCUCAGAAUUGCUUGGCAAUACAAGAAGUACUUUGGUGAUCCUCAGUUAAGUAUCAAUUCUAAUUAUGGUGCUCACCAUGAUUACUGCAAUGAUUUUGACUUGCGGAAGCCUCUGGAGCGACAUUUUUAUAGUGGCAAGAAUGCAGAUUGUGUCAGCAUCCAAGAUUCUCCAAACCUCACUUCUCUUCAAGAUCAAUGUGCUGGAUUUCUAUCUCAAUUCUCAAGAAAUGAAGCCAAUAUUUCCUCUGCUGGCCGUAUUGCAAUUCAAUCAUUCUGUUCUCCGCAAUGCAAAUAUGCAAACAUGGAGUGGCAUAUGCUAUCUUUUAUUAGGUCCUUAAAAGCCAUGACGCGGUCUUCAAAUGCUGUUGUUGUUGUAACAUUUCCACCUUCACUUCUUUCUCCAUCUUGUUCAAAAAGAUUGCAACAUAUGGCAGACACCUUACUUUCUGUCAGAGCAAUUCCAGAUGAGGACAAAGAAAUGGCCAGACUCCUCACAGGUUACCAAGACAUGGUUGGACUUCUUAAUGUACAUAAAGUCGCAAGGUUAAAUACACAGGUUCCUGUGAUUCUCGAGGCAACAACGUUCUCGAUAAAAUUGCAAAAAAGGAGGUAUUUGGUUCUAGAAUGUUUAAAUCAAGCCCCGGUUGACGGUUCAAGCGGGAGUUCAUAUAACACAUCUGGGAGUUGUUCUGGGUCAACUAAAGCAGGGUCACUUGAUUUUUAG